AUGGAACUUUUCUGCAAAAGUGUCCCACAGGACUUGUCAGAAGAGAGCUUCAAACGAGAGUUGACCCCUUUUAUGACGGCUCUGAACAUCUCAGACUGGACAUGCGACAAAGCAAAACGAAGGCCUCAAGGUUGGAUCAAGUUUCUCCGCGCCACAGAUGGUCAGAAGUUCUUGAACAAGCACGGUAAGUACAUACCCGAGGGAGACCAGCAAAUGGGAAAUGAGCCUCCAGGAAAUCCACUGCGUCCAAGGAUCAGGCCGCGCGCUAUUGCCCGCCUCUACAUCCUCAAAACCGCCGUGUAUGUGGAAAAGAGCACCCGGCCUAUCGACAAGCAUGUUAUCGCGCAUCUUAAGCAUGAUCGUGAACAGAAGGCAAAGUCGACUGCUCAGGAUCCGGAAGCACCUACACAAGCCUUCUGGGUUCGAGGUCUCAGCUGCGGCGGCAAUACAUUUCGUGGCCCUGCAAAGACACUCACCUUUGUUGAACAGGUGGCCUUGACCUUGCCCAGUCUCACCAAGGGCAAGUUCACACCGCAGUGGCUGACUAUCGAGGUGGAUUUCGGUGCUCGGUUGGAUUUUCACAACGACUCGAUUCAGGAUCUCAUCGCCAGCCGCAGUGACAAUUCAUUCACGUUGGUUCUUCAAGAGCCACCUCGCAUCUACCGCCCCCAUAGUGCACCAGACAACAAGAAUGUCAAGUGGAAGCGAACUCAGGAGAUGAACGAUUGGGGCUUGUUUCAUGCCUACUCGUCAAGUUGUCUCGUCUAUCGCGUCUAUUUGAUGCAUGCGAGCGACUUUGACAACAUCUUGCGCUUGAUCAAAUCCCGAGACAUCUUGGCCGUCACCAAUCACGAACUUCCGUCAGUGCAAUGGAGCUACAUGGAAGACGCGAGCAUCAACGCCGAUCGAGGACGACAUCAGUUGAUCGAAAGGGCCAAGCGCCUUCUCUCAACUGGACUCAUGCCGUUCCCCAUCUUGUUCCAGGUCCAGGCUCUUGUAUGGAACAACUACAUCAACCCCUCUAGUGGGAUACAACUUUUCGAUAUUUUAGAACAGGUUGCAAUCGACGCCAAGGAGAAGAAGGUUGCCAUUCCUGUUACGACUGAUGCGAUGAAGACGCUGUUUCAGCGAAUCCCUUACCCUUGUCCUGGUACCGACCCCGCAGAGCUGGAUGUGGUGAGCAUCAUGGCGGAGAUCAUGAACGCAGAGUACGAGUAUCGAGACGAAAACCCUCAGAGAGACAGAAUCUACGGAUCCAAACUACCAGAUCACCAGGUCUGGGUUUUCAAAGCUUUGGUCACACCCACACGAGUGCUUCUCCACGGCCCCGAUGCUGAAAGCAAGAACAGAGUGUUGAGAAUGUUUCCGGACAACAAUGACUCGUUUCUACGGGUCAUAUUCUGCGAUGAGGAUGGUCAGGAUUUAAACUUCAACCCUCGUAUCGACAAUGAGGACACUUUCAGUCGGUACCGAAAAGUCAUGGAUGAUGGUAUCGACAUUGCCGGGAGGAAGUAUACUUUUCUCGGGUUCUCUCAUUCUUCAUUGCGCUCCCACUCCGCUUGGUUCGCAUCACUAUUUGUCGAUGGAAACUACCAGAGCCAGACCAUCUCUGUGAUUCUGGAGGCUCUAGGAGACUUCCAGGAUAUCCGAGUCCCAGCCAAGUGCGCAGCACGAAUUGGCCAGGCGUUCUCAGAGACCCCAUAUGCAGUGCCACUGUUCGAAAACAGCAUCACGACUCGCCACAUCCCAGACAUCAAGACCGCCGAUGGCUCACGAGUAUUCAGCGACGGCGUCGGAACAAUUUCCCAGGACGCCCUGGAAGAUGUUUGGAUGUAUCUUCCCAUGCGCUCUGCCGCACCAACCUGUCUUCAAAUCCGCUGGGGUGGCUGCAAGGGAAUGCUCUCGUUGGACACCAGACUUGAGGGCAAGACGUUCUGUAUUCGAAAGGAAUCGAUGAUGAAGUUCCCAAGCAACGAUCUGACGGAGCUUGGAAUCUGUGAUACAUCGUCAAAACCCUUGCGGCUUGUCUUGAAUCGUCAAAUGAUCAAAAUUCUAGAAGACAUGGGGACCCAGAAUGAUUGGUUCCUCGACUUGCAGAACAAGGCGCUCAACGUGUUGCGCGGCGUCACGGCGAGCGCGCACAACACCAGCACAUUCCUGGAAUACCAGGCGAUUGGCGUCAACAUGGGUCUUCCCAAGCUUGUUAAACAGCUGGACAGGAUGGGCAUCGAUUACCGCAGGGACAAGUUUCUCAGAUCGGCUGUUGAGCACGUCGUCCUACGAGAGCUGAGACUUCUCAAACACAAGGCCCGUAUUCCGGUUGAGAAGGGCGUGACUCUCUUUGGUGUCAUGGACGAGACGGGUUUUCUCAAGGAGCGCCAAGUGUAUGUCACGUACGACAAGACGUAUGGUGUGAACAAUGGCAGGCGUAUUAACGCUACGCUUGAGGAUGGGAUCAUCUUGGUCACUCGCUCGCCAGCUCUACACCCAGGAGAUAUCCAAGUCGUCGAGAUGGUGACACCUCCCAAAGGCCAUCCCCUCAGGAACCUCCAAAACUGCAUUGUUUUCAGUCAAAAGGGCGAUCGCGAUCUACCGAGUCAACUGAGCGGAGGCGACCUCGAUGGGGAUUUGUACAACAUCAUCUGGGAUGAGCGGGCCAUGCCGGAGAAGGUCUUUCCUCCAGCCAACUAUCCACGAGUCACGCCUAAGCCACUGGAUCGCGCAGUAACUCCCAAGGACAUUGCCGAUUUCUUUAUCAAUUUCAUGAGAACCGACAUCUUGGGCAUGAUUGCGACACGCCAUGUCAUGUUGGCCGACUCUCACGACUUGGGAACGCUUCAUCCCGAGUGUGUUUCAUUGGCAGAGAUGCACUCUACAGCUGUUGACUUCUCAAAGACGGGUAUCCCAGUGGAGGUCAAGAAAUUGCCAAAGCCACCACGCUUUCGGCCCGAUUUUCUGGCGAUGGCGCCACCACUGAAGCUCUAUGACCUCGGCCAGAUUGAUCAUAUUGGAGAUCCCGAGGAGUACGACGAGGAUGACAUCAUGGCUCGAGCGAAACCAAAGUACUACAAGUCGACAAAGAUCCUCGGCCAUCUGUACCGGAGCGUUGAUGAGAAUAAAAUCUGGCAUGAGGAUAUCCAUCGCAAGAUUGAAACGGGCGGGCCAUCGGUUUGGGAUCAGCUACUAACCAUUGUCGAGAACGAGAUUGUCAAGUUCAAGCUCGAUAUCGAUUGGGAACGCAGGACUGAGGACGCUUGGAAGAUUCGCAACAUUUAUGAGUCGACUAUUUCGGACAACAUGUUGCGCUUUUCAGAGAAUGCGCGCUCAUGUCUGUCCGAGGUUGAAGUCUUUUGCGGAUUCAUCCUGAACAAGAGAGGUGGCCAGACGCGACGGCAACGCGAUUCAUCCAUCAAGCUAAAGGAGGAAAUCGACCGCAUCAUUACGUUCAUCGUCAAGCAAAUCCGCGACCGUGGCGUUGGUAACGACGCCGAGACCCUGAGCACGGCUACCGAGGCGUCUGCCGCGGCUCCGAACCGGUGGAGAGAGGACGUGGUGGAGCUCUGCUGGGCGUGCGUCGCCAUUGCUUGUAUCAAAAAGGAAGAUGCCCCGUUUGUGUAUCACGAGACUGGGGAGCUGCAGAGCUUCCGCGUGGUGGCGGCGUGUUGUCUUCUUAAGGAGCUGAACAAUCUGGCCAGGAAGAUGGAUGCUAGCUCCGGAGGGGGAUUUGUCGGUGUUGGACGGGGUGGACGAGGCGGUAAGCGGAUGACGCUUCCGCUGCGAUGA